UCUUGCAAAGCUCGAUGCGUGCGGACGUCUGCGAGUGUCGAACAUUAAUCGAAUUUUCACGUACGGAGCUGAACUUUUGAUGUGACUGUGUCAAAGUGAUUGUGUAUCUUAACUUUUAGUGACGUUUUGUGUUAAAAACUUAUAAAUUGGAGUCUACAGUGACAUUUUGUGACGUUGCGGAUACGAAGGAAUUGUGUUCAUUCCCAGAAGCGGAAACUAAUGGAUCCGAACAAGAGUUGAUUUUGUCGGUGAAACAUGAAUCUCGCCGCCAUUGCGUUUUGGCGCGAAAUGCCAAUCGCGUUCACGCUCCUCGUGGCAACGGCGUGUCUUGUUACAGCCAAAGAUAUUGUUUUAGACAAAGACUACACAACACUAGAAGCGUCACUGAACGAGAGGCUGCGGCUCACUUGCGGUAUAAAGCCGAACGGAGAGAAGUCCUCAGUGCUGUGGUACAAAGAUGGACUGCUGGUCGAUACUCAGAAGAGCAGAGUUGUCCAGCAAAGGCAGUGGUUAAGAAUAAAAGGAUUCAGAGCCAAAGAUGCUGGGCUUUAUUCUUGUAAGACUGAUAAUGAUAAUGAAAAAGAGAUGACGAUUAGGCUCACUUUGAAACAUAAUGGUGCCCAUGAUAUGGAAGAUUACCAAGCAGACAUGGGCGUAAGAGCACUUCCAGAAACGCUAUCACAAAUCAAAAGUGCAGCACUAGUUGAGAACAACACGUUAGACGAUAACAUCACAGACAGCAAACGAUUUAUAAAGGACGAAGAUCUUGAUGAGAAAGGAGAGAAAGAUGAAAAAGAACAUCCAAAUUACGGCCACGUUGAUGAAAAACAGGAAUAUUUCCCUCCCCGUUUUAAGCACCCUACAAAACUUUAUAAAAUGGACAUGAAACCUGCUGGGAAUUCCAUAAGACUGAGAUGUGCUGCAGAAGGGAACCCAACGCCUAAUAUUACUUGGUACAAGAACAGGAGUACGCCAAUAUCUAGGGUGUUCUUCCAACCGUCUUAUGGGAAAUGGUCGAUGGCUUUGGACGAGCUGACGAAAGCCGACAACGGAAAUUAUACUUGUGUUGUCUGUAAUAUUCUUGGCUGUAUCGAGCAUACUGUUGUUCUUCAUAUACAAGAGCGUUUGUACGCGAAACCAGUGUUGACUCAAGGCGCUGAAAACUUGACCGUUGUAGUCGGUGACACAGCUAGGUUCAGCUGUCAAUUCCUCACUGAUUUACACUCUUCACAAUACUGGAUGUACUUCACUAAAAACGAGUACAUAUACAAUGAAACUAUAGAUACUGACGCCUUGAUCAAGGAGUCUGUGGUCUAUCCUGAUUAUAGCAAAGUUGUCACGAGUGAGAACCCAACAGACAAACCAGAACAACUCACAAUAUACAAUGUGACUAAGGAUGACGAAGGAUGGUAUGUCUGUGUUGCCCUUAACAGUUUGGGCAAUACUACUGCUAAAGGAUACUUAACUGUAUUGGAAUCACAACCAGUACAAGAAGCCCCCGACCAUGGAAAGCACACACUCCUCAUAAACAUACUUACUGUAGUCCUCGGAGCCAUGUUCUUCGUAGCUGCCAUCAUAGUGGUCAUGAUAUGCAAGAAGCUGAAGAGAGAGAAGGAGCAGAAGCAGUUGGCUAUAGAGACGGCGAGAGCAGUGAUUGUUACGCAUUGGACAAAGAAGGUGACGGUUGAGAAGCCGCAGAUGAAUGGCUCGCCGACGGCUACUGGUGAAGCUUUGCUAAUGCCAGUAGUGAAGAUCGAGAAACAAAAGCUAUCGCAAGUGCAGAACACGACAAGCGAUUCCAUGAUGAUGUCAGAGUACGAGCUUCCGAUGGACAUAGACUGGGAAGUGCCGAGGGAAUCCCUGUGUUUGGGGAAGGUGCUCGGUGAAGGAGAAUUCGGCAAAGUCGUGAAGGCUGAAUGUGUUGGUAUAUUGAAGCCGGGAAUGCAGUCUGUUGUUGCUGUUAAGAUGUUGAAAGAGGGCCACACGGACGCAGAGAUGAUGGCACUGGUCUCGGAAAUGGAAAUGAUGAAGAUGAUCGGCAAGCAUGUGAACAUCAUCAACUUGCUCGGCUGCUGCACACAAGACGGUCCACUUUAUGUUAUUGUUGAAUACGCACCCAAUGGAAACUUGAGGGAGUUCCUGAGGAAUCAUCGACCUGGCAAUCGAUACGAAUCACCGACAGAAGAACUAAAAGAAAAGAAAACGCUUACUCAGAAAGAUCUAGUCUCAUUCUCAUAUCAAGUAGCAAGAGGAAUGGAAUAUUUGGCGUCCAGACGGUGUAUCCACCGUGACUUAGCCGCUCGUAACGUGCUGGUCUCAGACGACUGUAUCCUCAAGAUAGCUGACUUCGGCUUAGCCAAGGAUGUCCACAGUAAUGACUACUACAGGAAGAAGACAGAAGGCAGGCUGCCGGUCCGGUGGAUGGCUCCAGAGUCGCUGUACCAUAAAGUUUUUACUACGCAGACUGAUGUCUGGUCAUUUGGCGUGUUGCUGUGGGAGAUCAUGACUCUAGGCGGGACGCCGUACCCGACUGUCCCGGGACAGUACAUGUACCAGCAUCUCAGCGCUGGACAUCGGAUGGAGAAGCCUCCGUGUUGUAGUCUUGAAAUAUACAUGCUGAUGCGCGAGUGCUGGUCCUUCUCUCCAGGAGACAGACCUUCCUUCACGGAGCUCGUCGAAGACCUGGACAAGAUCCUCACAGUGACUGCAAACCAGGAAUACCUGGACCUCGGUCUACCACAACUGGACACUCCACCUUCAAGUUACGACGGUUCUGGUGACGAGAGUGACAGUGACUUUCCUUUCAUCAAAUAGACUUUUGAAUUAUGAUGGUGGAAAGAAGAACAGUAUUAGUACGAAUAAAGUACCAAUUUAAAUGGUAUUUGAUGAUAUAGUAUUUCAGUUUAGUGAAACUGGUGUCUUACUAAUUGACAAUGAAACGAAAUGAGUGAUUUUUUCAUCGUUAAAUGUUGAAUUGGAUCUCUGAGAUGAGAUGAGAUGAGACCUGAUGAUAAAUCCUGGUAGAAAGUUAUUUAAGCUAACUGGUAGCUCUCCAAUUAAUAUUGAGAUUACUCUAUGAGAUUUUCACUCAACAGUUACGAAGAGAAGAAAUAGAGGAUUCUUAGCUACUCCCAAUGAAUAGCUGAACUUAAAUGAACCCACCAAUGAUAAUCGUGUUUUAUUUUCAUAGUUAGAUUAUUACAAUGAUUUGAGAUUUUUGACGAGUAUUGUUGAGGACAGUAGGACCAAUGUUCUGGUCCUUUUAGUAAUAUGGACUUGACUUUUGUAUGUUAUUUACCAUUAUUUACAACACAAAAAUCCUUAGCAUUUUAAAGAAAGUUGAUGACGAAGAAUUUCGAAAUUAUAUCUAAGUAUUGUAGAAUUUUCUUUGGAAAUUCCUAUUUGUCUAGGUACUCAGCAAGAAUACUUUGGUCUUUUAAAGUCGAUGCACCCAGCAUGACAUAGUCUAUAUAAGAUUAUUUUAUAUAAUUAGAUUACCUACAUAUUUAUUUAUAGGCUUUACACAAUAUGCGAAACAAAGUAUUGCAUAAUAUUGAGUGUAAAUAAUUAUAGGAAUAAAAACCUUUUUGGGGUUAAUUGUAAAUAUCCUAGUACCAAAGUUUGUGUUUUUUUUUUUUUGUAUUAUAAAAUAUUAUUGUGAAGUUUUAGAGCAUUUUUUAUGAAGGGGCGAUUUUUGAAAAUGAAAAUUUGUAACAUCUAGUCUGUUUGUAAGAACGGAGAGUCGACUUUUUUAUUUUAAUUAUUUUCUUUAAGAGUCUUUUUAAGUAUUUUAGCAUAAAUCACAAAAUAUUAUGGCUGUUACAUUGAGUUAGGUAUUAGAGACAACACUUUGUAGUAAUUUACAAUAAUGAAUAAUAGAAUUAUUUCCCAUUUCACUCAGGACACCAACAACACAAAUCUAAGUUUUUUUUACCGUUCACUAUGAAUUUUACGGUAUGAUCUGAUCGUUUUUUGUCGCAGUUGACAGUCCUGUCAAUCUUUUCUCUUGAAAAUUUACAGCUGUCAACUGCACAAAAGAUUCGAACAGUUUCGUUCUUUUAAUGAUAAAUUGAUGUUUUGGUUGUCAGUGGAAACGGGGUAAGUCCACAUUUUCACGUUGUUAAUGGGAAUUUCCUAUUCCGACUUUUAGUUGUUAAAUAAUUACAGACACAUUUUAGUUUUGCUGUCUGUAAAGGAUGCAUUUCACCACCAAAUCUUUUACGUACUUAAUUAAUUAUUUUAUUGCAAUAAUUAUACUUGUGUAACCAAUUAGAAAGAAAUUAUUAUGAGAUUAUUUUGUAAAUAGUAGAUAGGAAUUUUCUACUCAUUUUUAUGCAAUGAGAGUUAUUUUAUAAGUUGAGAAAAUGUGUUUGAUAUGACUUCCACUAAAUAAUAAAUUAUUUGUUAAAUGUAGUGGAAGUCGUAAUGGGAAUUUUAUAUGCAUUAUGGGAAAAUUAUAAUAAAACAUAUAUUUUCUACUAUUAAAUAUAAUAUGUAUGACAUCACCAUUAUUGGUAUUUAUAAAUUAAUUAAAAUUAUAUAUUUUUAAUCAAUUAUUUUGAAUGUCGAUGUGCCUUGAAUAAAAUAAUCGAAUAUUGUUGUAGUAAUGAUUUUGGCGCUCCUUGUAUGUAUAUUUGAUGGAUAAUGUGUGGGUCAAAAUGAGUUGUAAUAAUUAUAAUAAAAUAAAGAUUUAUAGUGCGAAUGUA